UCCACCAUGAGACGAGGUGGAUGGAGGAAGCGAGCUGAAAAUGAUGGCUGGGAGAACUGGGGUGAGUAUAUGGCUGCCAAGGUCCAGAAAUUGGAGCAACAGUUUCGAUCAGAUGCUGCUUUACAGAAGGAUGGAACUUCAUCUACAAUUUUUAGUGGAGUUGCCAUCUAUGUUAAUGGAUAUACAGAUCCUUCUGCUGAGGAGUUGAGGAAGCUAAUGAUGUUGCAUGGAGGCCAAUACCAUGUGUAUUAUUCCAGAUCCAAAACAACACACAUUAUUGCGACAAAUCUUCCUAAUGCCAAAAUUAAAGAAUUAAAGGGGGAAAAAGUAAUUCGACCAGAAUGGAUUGUGGAAAGCAUCAAAGCUGGACGACUCCUGUCCUACAUUCCAUAUCAGCUGUACAGCAAGCAGUCCACCGUGCAGAGAAGUCUCCCCUUCAAUCCUGUGUGCAGACCCGAGGAUCCCGCACCAGGUCCCAGCAGUGUCACCAGGCAGCUCAACGACAGGGUAAAUCACAUAAUUAAAAAGAUUGAGACAGAAAAUGAAGUCAGAGUUGGUGGCGUGAACAAUUGGAAGGAAGAGGAUGCAGAAAAUGACUUUGGUUUUGUGGAGCUGGAGCCGAUCUUUCCAGGAAGGAAACAGAACGGAAUCAUGCAUCCUGGAGACAGCAGUGCCAUUUGUAAUGGACACGCUCACAGCAGCUGUAACGGUGCCUUACAGACGCAGGACUGCUCAGUGCCCCCAGGCCGCAGUGGCAGGCUGUCCCCAGACCCGGCUGAGAAGCACGAGCUGGGUGUGCAGCAGCCCCCGCACAGCCCUGGGGACACGGCCGCCCUGCGGAGCCCGCACAGAACUCACCCCUUCUCCUUACCGCCUUUGCACAGCAACACGAAGAUCAACGGCGCUCACCACUCCGGCGUCCCGGGGCCUUCCAGCACAAAGAGCACUUCUUCAGGGCCGCCUCUGCGCAGGGCAGCGCCCUCCGGGCCGCCGCGGCCCUGGGACUGCAGUUUCAUCUCGGACUUCUACUCUCGCUCCAGACUGCACCACAUCUCCACGUGGAAGUGCGAAUUGACUGAGUUUGUCAAUACCCUGCAGAGACAAAGUAGUGGUAUCUUUCCAGGAAGGGAAAAGUUAAAAAAAAUGAAAACAGGCAGGUCUGCACUUGUUGUAACUGACACAGGAAAUAUGUCAGUAUUGAGCUCAUCCAGACAUCAGAGCUGUAUAAUGCAUGUUGAUAUGGACUGCUUCUUUGUGUCAGUGGGUAUACGAAAUAGACCAGAUCUCAAAGGAAAACCAGUGGCUGUUACAAGUAACAGAGGGACUGGAAGGGCACCUUUGCGUCCUGGUGCUAACCCCCAGUUGGAGUGGCAGUAUUACCAGAAUAAAAUCCUGAAAGGCAAAGCAGCAGAAAUACCAGAUCCAUCAAUGUGGGAGAAUCAAGAUUCAGUGCAAAUAAAUGGAAUUGAUUCUGUUUUGUCAAAGGCCGAGAUUGCGUCAUGCAGUUACGAAGCCAGACAAGUUGGCAUUAGGAAUGGAAUGUUUUUUGGGCAAGCUAAACAACUUUGUCCUAACCUUCAAGCUGUUCCAUACGAUUUCCACGCGUAUAAGGAGGUCGCACGAACGAUGUAUGAAACGCUGGCAAGCUACACACACAACAUCGAAGCUGUGAGCUGUGACGAAGCGCUGGUGGACAUCACCGAGAUCCUCGCGGAGACCAGGCUCACCCCUGAUGAGUUCGCCAGUGCCGUCCGCACAGAGAUCAAGGACCAGACCAAGUGCGCGGCCUCCGUUGGAAUUGGUUCCAACAUUCUCCUGGCCAGAAUGGCAACUAGAAAAGCGAAACCUGACGGCCAGUACCACCUAAAGCCGGAAGACGUGGACGAUUUCAUCCGGGGCCAGCUAGUUACUAACCUGCCAGGAGUUGGACGUUCGAUGGAAUCCAAGUUGACAUCUUUGGGAAUUAAAACUUGUGGAGACUUGCAGUAUAUGACCAUGGCAAAACUCCAGAAAGAAUUUGGUCCCAAAACAGGUCAGAUGCUUUAUAGGUUCUGCCGUGGUCUGGAUGAUAGACCAGUUCGAACUGAAAAGGAAAGAAAAUCUGUUUCAGCUGAGAUCAACUAUGGAAUAAGGUUUACUCAGCCAAAAGAAGCAGAAGCUUUUCUUCUGAGCCUUUCAGAAGAAAUUCAGCGACGACUUGAAGCUGCUGGUGUGAAGGGCAAACGCCUGACUCUCAAAAUCAUGGUACGAAAGCCAGGGGCCCCCAUAGAAACUGCAAAAUUCGGAGGCCAUGGAAUUUGUGAUACUGUCACCAGGACGGUGACUCUUGGCCAGGCAGCAGACAGUGCCCAGGUAAUCGGGAAGGCUGCGCUCAACAUGUUCCAGACGAUGAAAGUCAACAUCUCGGAUAUGAGAGGGGUUGGGAUUCAUGUGAAUCAGCUGGUACCAACUAACUCGAGCCCUUCCGCGUGUCCCAGUCGCCCGUCAGCUCAGUCAGGUCACUUCCCUGGUGGGUCACACUCCGUCCUUGAUCUCCUCCAAGUUCAGAAAGCUCAGAAAGCCACAGAAGAGGAGCACAAAGAAGUGUUCCUGGCUGCUGUGGACCUGGAAAUACCACCUGCCUCUAGAACCCGCACUUUCUUGCCAUCUCUUCCUGCACAUCUGACGUCAAGUGCCAGUCCUGCUGCUAGCAGAGCUGAGUCUUCAGGGAAAUGGAAUGGUCUGCAUUCUCCUGUCAGUUUAAAGUCAAGACUUAACCUGAGCAUAGAGGUCCCGCCACCUUCCCAGCUGGACCCGUCUGUUUUAGAAGCACUUCCGCCUGAUCUCCGGGAACAAGUGGAGCAAGUCUGUGCUGUCCAGCAAGGAGAGCCACAGGGCGACAAGAAGAACGAACCAAUGAAUGGCUGUAAUACAGGGAUUCUGCCACAACCAGUGGGGACGGUUUUGUUACAAAUACCAGAACCUCAAGAAUCUAGCAGUGAUACGGGAAUUAAUGUAAUAGCCCUGCCAGCGUUCUCACAGGUGGACCCUGAGGUGUUUGCGGCCCUUCCUGCUGAGCUUCAGAAGGAGCUGAAAGCAGCCUACGAUCAGAGACAAAGGCAGGGAGAGAACCCCACUCCCCAGCAGCAGGCCAGCACGUCCGUGCCAAAGAAUCCAUUACUGCAGCUAAAGCCAGCAGCAAUGAAAGAAAAGAAAAAAAGUAAGAAAAAAACCCCCAUCAGUCCCCCAAAGAAGAUCCAGAGCCCUCUGAGAAACAAGCUGCUUAACAGUCCUGCAAAACCCCCGCCAGGGGCCUGCGGGAGCCCCCGGAAGUUAACGGACGGAUUUCUGAAACACGAAGGUCCUGCCUCGGAGAAGCCUCUGGGAGAACUCUCUGCUUCCACUUCAGGUGUCGCUGGCCCUUCUGGUUUGCAGCCUGACCCGUCUGGGUGCGUUAGACCCCCAGCGCCCAACCUGGCUGGAGCGGUUGAAUUCAGUGAUGUGAAGACCUUGCUCAAAGAGUGGAUAACUACCAUUUCAGAUCCAAUGGAAGAAGACAUUCUGCAAGUUGUGAAAUACUGUACUGAUCUCAUAGAGGAAAAAGAUUUGGAAAAACUGGACCUGGUUAUAAAAUACAUGAAAAGGUUGAUGCAGCAGUCGGUGGAAUCGGUUUGGAACAUGGCAUUUGACUUUAUUCUUGACAACGUUCAGGUGGUUCUACAACAGACGUACGGAAGCACACUGAAAGUUACGUGAGCAGCACCGGGCCGGUGCUCCUGGGGCUGUGCCAUCGGUGCUGGCUCCUUUCUGUGACUCCUUUAGGAAGCGAACCCUCAACUAUUGUAACUAAAGGCUGAGAACCCUCCAAGCCAGACUGUGACAGGCUCCACCAAGCGCUGACGCUCCUGCGAGGUUCCGGACCGGGCGUCGGCUUGGUCCAAGCAAGGGUAAACCUUCCACACCAGCCGUCAGUCUCUACCCCAAGCAUGAACACAGGAACAUGUUAAGAAAAUCUUCUUUACUUCUUCCAAGUGGAGGAAUUUACAUCUUUUUAAUUCUAACACACACAAUUGAAGAUUAAGUUUUUCCUGGGAAAAUUAUGUCCCACAGAUGGUUUAAGUUAGGGUUUGUCUUUUUGCCUCUACUGGCCCUUGAGAAACUUCAAUAGUAAGCGUGGUACAGUUUCAAAUGUAUAUAAAAGUAUUUUUCUAUGCUA